AUGACGUUUGUUCGGGGUCUGCAGGUGGCGCUUGCAAUAGGUUUAUUGUGUUUUGGAACGAUCCUCCUAUCGAUAGGACUUGGUCUGUACCUUACGGGAAAGCAGCAGGAAGGUGGUCUGCCACUCAUCAUCCUGGGCUCCCUUGCCUUCAUUCCCGGCGCCUACCACACACGAUUGGCGUGGCUGGCCUGGAGGGGCCGUGCCGGCUACAGCCUCGACCAGAUCCCAGAUUUUUAA